AUUUUUCUCCUAAUCGCCCCCGCCGUCGUCCUCGAGUUCCAGCGCGAUUGAAAGACGGGAUUUCAUCAAUGGUUCAAUGGAAGCGCGUCGUUCAACAUGGAGCUCAGCUUGUCAAAUCGCGUCGUCUCCUGCUCCAUCCUUCUUCCUCUUCAAUGAGAUCACCAUCAUCCCUCGUGAAUCAGUUGGACCAUCGCACUCGCAGCAGAAUUCUAUCUGACCUCGCCGGACCAAGUGGUGCGAAUGCGAACCGUGCAUUUUCUGAUUAUGCAUCGGCGAAGAGCUCUCAGAUAGGAUCUGCCGACCUGUUGAAGUUCCAGGAAGAACUGCAAUCAAACCUGUCCAAUUUCCAGUCCGAAAUAAUCAAGUCUCAGGAAAGCCGUUUUACCACGAUGGAAGUUGACUUGGCAAGGAUGCAAGCUGAUAUAAACAAAAUUCGCGAUGAUGUGUCGGGUGUAAGAUGGUUCGUAGCCACCAUAGGGUAUUUAUUAUGGGCCGGAGUCACUGUCUCCCGUUCCCUUGAGAACAGGAAAAUAGAUCAGACCGGUGUAGACUUGUAAGAAUAGUCUAAUCCAUGAUCUGUAUUAUAUGAUGUUUAGAUCUUUCGGUUUGGUCUGAUCUAGAUCGCAGUUUACCGGCUCAAACCGUGGACCCAACAGACUUCUCAAUAUAUAUUAGCAGCCCACUCGAAAACUUUCUCAACUCCCCAACAAGAUCUAAGUCUCAACCUCAAUUUUGAUAAUAUUAUCUUUCUUUCAUUCACAACCACAUUCUAUCGGAGAAUAGGGAGGAUCAUGUCUCCAUAUG